AUGGACCCGGAACAGGAUCCAUACAAGCCAAAGUUCAAGCGUACGAGGACAGGUUGCUUGAGAUGUCGAAGAGGCAAGCACAAGUGUGAUGAAGAGAAACCUGUCUGCAAGAGAUGUCGCAAUGCCAAUGGAGAAUGUGUCUGGCCAGAUAGUGCCAAGUCGACACCCAGCACUUCCUCCGCCGUCACCUCCUCCAAACGCUCGCACAAUUGUAUCGAAACCCAAAGCCCCACAAUACAAGAGUUGAACGAAAAUAGUCAAGUUUGCGUUUGCCGAAAAUCCAGUCGUGCGCAAGGCAACGACCGAUUGGCAGCCGCUUCUGGAAAUGAGCUUGAUGCACUCUUCAGCAGUCUCACUCCAACCGACUAUCUUACUUUGACAUUCCCCGACUCUCAAGAAAGAGAACUGAUGAGUCAUCUCCUAUGCUUCGGGACAGUCAUCAUGUACGCCAUACCGAUCAUAGACCGCCCGGUCCUAUUUCUCGACAUUGCGCAGUGUUUAUCCAAUCCUCGAGGCUCUUCCAUCGUGUCCGACGCUGUACACCUCUCCCUCAUCUCCAUCGCCGCCGUCCACCAAUCUUCCCUCUUUAUGCAGCAAGAGAAGAAAUACUUGGCCGAAGCACCUGUCAACCAUUUCGGCUCUUCGCCGGCCUUGGCGCACGCAUCUUUUCCGGGAGACAAUCAGCGGCGCAUGCGGCUGCUUGGAGACAUGUUUGCCCGAACAUCCCUAGACCUCUGCCGGACAGGUAUCGUCUUUCAAUUAGAAGGCCAACAACACUCGACACCGGUGUCUCUUCUCGCCACAGCAGAGUCGUUAUUAUCCAGCGCCAUGGCCGUCAUGAUCUCUCAAUCACUUGCGGGAGGAAAGCUCUGGCAAGGGGCUUUUGAUACGGCGCUGGAAAUAGUUACCCUGUGCGGGGGCCCUGCCAAGAUGCUCGAUAAUCUCAAAGGAGAUCCCGCCAGACUGGCUAGGAUGAGAACAUUGUUGGAGAACCUGGUGGCGGUUGAUGUGUGCCGGUGUCUCGCGUCCGGCAGUGCGCCGAGUUUGAUGAAUGAGCCUUUUGCCCCUUGGUGGUUCGAGCAUGCGCCUAAUCCACGAAUAUCGGGUCUUACCGACACUGUCAAUCAUUGCUAUGGGAUGGAUCGAGGGUUCCUCGAGCUUGCCAAUCGUGUCAACAUCCUGGUGCACGACGGCUUGUCUCUUGAGACGCUCCUUGAUGAGUCGCAGUUUGCCAUCCACCGACAAAAAGUCAACGACCUCCUGCUUGAAGUGGAUAUAUGGGAGCUGGACGCCAAUGGCGCGCUCCCACACAAACGGGUGCAGUAUGGAAAUGCGAUCAUGAUCAACGCUCUGAAAGUCGUGAUAUACGUUGACCUCGUACACUACCCGCACGAGCAUCCGUUAGUGCAAGCCGCAGCUACUGCAGCGUUGGAGGUCCUCGAAGACUCUCGCACCUUGGGCUUUGACAUCGGGCAGCUUCUUCCUACAGUCAUCACCAGUAUAUCCAUCUUUGCUGAUCUCGUCUCGUAA